UGACGAGUUGAAGAAAUGACGUCACAAUUUCACUUACGAAACCUCUUGUUAAAAAUACUGCACGUAGUUUACUCGCGACCGAAAGAUAACCUAAGUCUUGCAGGUGUAUGUUAUUUGUCAGAUCUCAAUAAUAUGGAUUCUAGCGAAGCUGCACGAAUAUACAUGCUAACGAAAAAUGUUAAUCACUUGCUGAAAGAUCAGCCAGCCAAAGAACAAAUACGGAAUUACACCAAGGAACGCGAAUUGGGCAAUAAUAGUCGUCUGUUAAACAGCAUGGACCUUCAUGAUAGAUGUGAAACGUUGCUGCAGGAGAAAGAAGUACGCCUAACGGAAGAUGAACUCGCAGACUUGUCCAUUAGGGGCAUUCCCAAUAAUAUAAGAAAAGAGCUUAAGGCAUCUCUUGGUGGCGAUCGAUCUAUCUCAAACAUAAUUAUUAAACAAAUUCAAGAGGACUGUGCCAACAAGAUCUCGCAAUUUCCACAGUUAAGAGAGUUUAGUGAACACGUUGCGAAGCAAAUUAAGCAUUAGUAUUAGGUAUAUCUUUUAAUCAAUAAUUUAAUCAAUCAGAUUUUCAAAAAUACAAAA